UCUGGACAGAGUAUUUUCAUGAUUUUCUUAUAAAUUUAUGUAAAUCGUCUCACAAUUCUUGAUUCUCAAAAGUCUGCAGAAAAAGUCUGCAGACGCUGGCAGAGACCUCUGGCAGAAACAUUCCACAACAACGUUGGAGGAAGCGCCGGGAGUGUUUUAUAGUGGCUUUUUCUCAUUUCCCUGCCUGUUUUCCCAUUUUAUCAGUAUGAAACCCUCUACCUCAACGGCUGAAGAUCCCAUUCCGACCCAUGAAAUCUCCGACGAAUCCAUCGAAGAGAUUGACGAUUCCUCGAGUCUCGCCAGCAGUUCCACCACAGCAUCCACAACGUCUAACAGUGAAGCACCCACUGCGGGGAGUAAAAAGAAGCGCGGGAGGAGAAGCGUCAAGGCAAAACCGCCGAAGACACCAAAGCAAAUCUAUAAAUUCUCGAGUAGUCUCAAGGAGGAUCAUGGGCAGCCUCUGUUCGGCACACAGUUCAAUUUGAACCUGAAGAAGGGACAACCGAAUAUCUUCGCUUCUGUGGGCAGCAAUCGAGUGUCCAUUUACGAGUGCCUGGAGAGUGGCGGAAUCAAACUCCUUCAGUGCUACGCUGAUCCGGACAGCGAUGAGAUCUUCUACACCUGUGCUUGGUCAUAUGAAACGGAGACCGAGAAGCCCAUCUUGGCGGCAGGAGGGCUUCGCGGCGUGAUCAGGAUCUUCAAUCCGGUGAUUAUGACCUGCUCGAAGCACUACAUUGGCCACGGACACGCCAUCAAUGAGCUGAAAUUCCACCCCAGAGAUCCCUACAUUCUCCUCUCCGCCAGCAAGGACCACUCGCUGCGCCUGUGGAACGUGCAGACAGACGUCUGCAUUGCCAUCUUCGGGGGCGUCGAGGGUCAUCGAGACGAAGUGCUGAGCGCCGACUUUGACAUCAGCGGCGACAGGUUCCUGUCGUGCGGCAUGGAUCACUCCCUGAAGCUGUGGGGCCUGGGCAAGGCGGAGAUGAAGGAGGCCGUGAAGAGCAGCUACACCUUCAACACGCACAAGAGCAUCAGACCCUUCGACACGCUGAAGGAACACUUCCCGGACUUCUCCACGCGCGACAUCCACCGCAACUACGUGGACUGCGUGCGCUGGAUGGGCGAUUUUGUGCUGUCCAAGUCCUGUGAGAACUGCAUCGUGUGCUGGAAGCCCGGGCGACUGGAUGACACGGAAUUGCGCCACAAUGAGACUUCCGUGUCCGUCAUUCAUCACUUCGAGUACAAGGAGUGUGAGAUUUGGUUCAUCCGCUUCGCCCUGGACUUCUGGCAGAAGGUCAUCGCGUUGGGGAAUCAAUGCGGAAAAACCUUCAUCUGGGAACUAGACGUGCAGGAUCCCAGCCUGGCGAGGAGCACAAUUCUCUCCCAUCCCAAGUGCACCACCGCCAUCCGCCAGACAGCCUUCAGCCGCGACGGAGACAUCCUGAUCUGCGUGUGCGACGACGGGACGAUUUGGCGCUGGGACAGGAUUCCCAAAUAA